AUGGGAGCAGCCAAAGCAACAUAUCAUCAGGCAUGGAUGUAGAAGAUGGAUGAUUUGAAGAAGGUAGAUCCAAAUGCUUGGACAUGACUAAUGGGAAUUCCUCCUAAAAGUUGGUGUAAGCAUGCAUUUAGUUUCUUUCCUAGGUGUGAUGUAUUGAUGAACAACAUAGCUGAAUCUUUUAAUGCCACAAUCCUAAUUGCUAGAGAUAAACCUAUUUUGACAAUGUGUGAGUGGAUUAGGAAAUAUCUGAUGAAUAGGUGUAGUAAUGCUACCUUGAAACUUGAUAAGUGGCCAGACAAAGUGAUGUCAAUUCCUAGGAAAAGACUAGAUUCUGAGGUUGCUUUAAGUGGGCUUUGGCUGCCAACUUGGGCUAUGGGUGAACAAUUUCAGGUGACUCAUGCUUAUAAUAAUCAGGAAUUCAUAGUUGAUAUAGGAAAAAGGUCCUGUAGUUGUAACUUCUGGGAGUUAGUUGGUAUUCCCUGUAGGCAUGUUGUGGCUGCAUUGGGAUUUAGGAACCAGAACCCAGAACUGUUUGUUCAUGAAUGUUACACAAGGGAUAAGUAUGCCCUUUGCUAUGGAGCUGCUGUUAGCCCUAUAAAUGGACGUGAUAUGUGGCCUGAGGUUGAAACUGAAGAGCUCUUACCUCCUACAUAUAAAAAAGGGCCUGGUAGACCAAGAAAACUAAGAAUUAGAGAGACGGGUGAGGAAGGAGCUAGAAGAAGGUUACCAGGGGUUUCAUAUAGAUGCACUAGGUGUGACAAGAUUGGACAUAACGUAAAGUCAUGCAAGAGCAAGAAACAAGAUCCUAAUGCCUUGAAAAGAAAGAAGAAGAAACAACCUUGUGCUACAACUGAUGGUGCUGCUACAUCUACUCAACAUGGUGCUACAACUCCCGGUGCUGCUACAGAGACUCAACCUGCUGGUGCAAAUGAGGUUACUGAUGCUGAUGUUGAAGAUUCAUUGUUUAGGGAUAUAAGUGAUGCCAUGAUUGCAAGUCUACCCAACAUAAGUGUACAAACAACAACAAGUAUAGGCUCAACAAGUAACAUAGACAAAGGCAAGCAGAAGGUGAAACAAGAAUUCAAACCAUUGCGAAAUAGGUGUAGUGAGAGAAUUAAAGAGAAUUGGUUUAAAAAACCAAAACCAUUUAUAGGUCCUGGUUCUAACCCAGAGCAACCUUUUUGUUUUACUGAAGAUGAGGAAGAAGUAAAGGUUCCAAAGAAACAGGUUCCAAAGGGUACCCCUAAAAAGAUACCAAAGAAGACUGUGAAGAAGAAGUCAAUUCAAGAUCUCAUAAGUUGAUUAUGUUAUGCACAACGUUAUGCACAAAUGUUAGUGCUUUUUAUGUUAUGACAUGCUAUGACAAAUGUUAGUGCUUUUUGUUAGUGUUUUGUGCACAUCUGUUAGUGCUUUUUGGUAGUGUCUUAUGCACAUCUGUUAGUGCUUUUUGACUGUGUUUUGUGCACAUCUGUUAGUGCUUUGUUUUGUCAGCUAAUUGCACUAUCUUGUAAUGUUAAC